UCAUCCAGAUUGAUUGAAGAUCAAAUUUAUUGGUCAUCAAAUAUUGAUCGAUCAAUCGAUUCGAAUAAUGAUUUUGAUAAUGAUAUUAUCAAUUGGAUUGACAGUAUAUCCAAAUCGAAAUUUAUUCGAUUCAAAUCCGGUUGUGGUCGUAUGCAAAAUCGUUUGUUAAUCACUGAUCGAGGUGAUAAAAUCUGUGCACGUUAUCGUCAUAAUAAUGAACAAAUUUUCGGUGAAUAUUAUUCAUUUUUAUUGGCACGUAUUCUGAAGAUUUCAAAUGUUUUACCAACAACAUUGAUUACAUAUAAUGUAAAUGAUCGUUGGAAAUCUAUUGCCAAUCUAUUAACAAAUAAUCAAACCAAAUGGAAAACGAAUAAAACAAUUGUAUUGACAAAAUAUAUGGAAAAUUUGAAACCAACUUUAAUUCCUCGACAAUUUCGUUCGCAAACAAAACGUUUAUAUCCAAUUUAUGAUGAUUUAAAUCAAAAUCAAACAAUAAUUUCCGAACUAAUACAAUGGUCUGAUUUGAUUAUAUUUGAUUAUUUGACUGGUAAUACUGAUCGUAUGAUUAAUAAUAUGAUUAAUGAAAAUUGGAAUCCACAAAUGAUGGAAAAUCCUGUACAUAAU